AUUUCAAAAUGUCGUCGACCGUGUUCAGCGGUGUUUGGGAUUUUGGAUUUACUAUAACAUCUUUGACAGCAACCGAGAUAGACUCACUGGCCACGACUCAGAUACUCGAGUCCGACCUCCGCAGGUCCAAGAAUAACUCGCUGGGGCAGCCCAGAUAGGGACAGAAAUAGCCUUGCUGUCAUGGUGUGUACAACGCAGAGCUGAUGCAUGGUCUCCGAUCACAGUCCUGAUUUUGCAUCAGUGGCCACGACAAUAUCGAGCUGCUUACCCAUUAUUGAUUACGGCUAUUUAAUUAUGGUCAGGCGAGUUGUGUUUCUGGGAAGAACCGGAGCUGGUAAGAGCGCAUCGGGAAACAACAUUCUACAACAAGAUGCGUUUUAUUCAAGUACAAGUGGACUAUCAGUGACCAAACAGUGUCAAAGAGGAACAGGUAUCAGAAAUGGUGUCAGUGUCGAGAUCAUUGACAGUCCAGGAUUAUUUGAUACCGGAUUGUCCAAUGAAGAAAUAACUAAAGAAAUAGUUAAAUGCAUUGCCAUGACAGCCCCAGGUCCUCAUGCCUUUGUAUUGGUUCUACGGAUCGACCGCUUCACACAGGAGGAACAGGACACAGUAGAACAUUACAGAAAAGUCUUUGGAGACGAUUUCCUCAGAUACCUUGUAGUGCUGUUCACUAGAAAGGACGACCUUAAUGCGGAGAAUAAAUCUAUCGAAGAUUACAUACAGCAUUCCCCGGAGAGGCUUAGGAGGCUGCUCGAAUCCUGUAAUGAUCGCUACGUUGCCUUCAAUAAUAGAGGUUCCGAGGUAGAGAAGAAUCGGGAUGUGCAGGACUUCCUUAAUCUGAUUGAAAGAACUGUCCAAGAAAACGGCAACACAUUGUACACCAACGACAUGUACGAGGAAGCUGAACGUGCUAUGAAGAUAAGAGAGCAACAACUUAUGAAGGAGCAUGACGAAGACGUUGAUAAGGAGAGAAGACAGAUAGAAAGAGAAUGCAAGGAAAAGAUGCAAAAGAUGGAGAAGAACCAGGAUGAAAUCAUUAAGUCUCUCCAGGACGAAGUUGCCCGAAUUGAAACUACAAAAUCCAAAGAAGCCAACACGACACCUGUGGUGAAGGAACUCCAGGAUGAGCUGAGGAGAGUGAAGGAGUUGCUGGAAGAUGCCAGGAGAGAAGCUGCAGCACAAAGAGCUCAAGCAGCAAAAGAAGCUGACGAAAGAAAGAAGUUUUCUGAAUCCACUGUUCCAAACUACAGGGAGCAGGCACAGCAGGAGGUCAACAGAGGACAAGAGAUGGUCAUGUCUGUUCUGACAUUCUUAGGGGACACUGUGUUGAAGACCGUUAUGAUUGCAGUAGGCUCUGCUUUGGCUGGUGGCUUGGAAAAUAUGAUCGGGGCUAAGUUUCAGAAGAUUUCUGACAAAAUAAGACCACCGACCGGUGACAACAAGGGAAAGCAUGCUGGUGGCGACACGAAGAAGAAACAUUAGAUGGCUAGCAAGUCGGGAAUUCAGUGAUAUUCAUAUGCCACUGAAUCCAGAAAAAUAGUAUGGAAAUUUUCAAUGAUAUCAAGUUUCAUUUAAUAUAUAACACAAAACACUGAGCGACAUUAAGAUUUAGCACUGGUGAUAGGCGAAUUGAAUAGAAAGGAACAGCCAUAGAAGCACCUUUCCCUCCGCUUACAGUGAAUUUAUAUUUUAUUUUUGUCUGUGUUACCUAGGUAUAUCACCAGCUAUAGAAGCCUUUCUAACAUAUGUAUUUCUUUAAAUAUUUUGUCACAAUUGCAAACAAUAUAAAUGUAGAUUAUGUUCAUGAAUGUAUCACUUGAUUGUAUGUACUUGAUUAUUACUACACUUUGCAAAGAAUGACUGACAUCACAAAUCAAUAACAGAAAGUAAAAAAAUAUACGAUAUUCUAUUUACCCGUUGAAUUUAUGAUUAUUACUACACUUUGCAAAGAAUGACUGACAUCACAAAUCAAUAACAGAAAGUAAAAAAAUAUACGAUAUUCUAUUUACCCGUUGAAUUUAUAAUUUCAAAAUUAUGAUGUACGCUAUCAACAAUAUUUGCAUAUCUUCAGAUUAUUCGUAUUGUGACAAUUAUGAGAAAUAAUUUAAUAUUUGAAUUUUGAAAAUUCAUGAACGCUUUUUCCUGGCUUGUAAGUUUUUCGUUAAUAAAUUGUGUGUUUCUGAA